AUGUUCCCUCUGGACUCCACCUGGAGUAUCUCCUUCGCGGGCUGUGGGUUCUUGGGGGUGUACCACAUCGGGGUGGCCAGCUGCCUCCAGGAGCAUGCCCCCUUCCUGGUAGCCAACGCCAAGACGAUCUACGGAGCCUCCGCCGGAGCCUUGACUGCCACGGCCCUGGUCACUGGAGCCUGCUUGGGUGAGGCAGGCGCUAAUAUCAUUCAGGUCUCAAAAGAAGCCCGGAAGAGGUUCCUGGGCCCUCUACACCCAUCCUUCAACUUGGUGAAAAUCAUCCGCAGCUGCCUGGACAAGACCCUGCCGGACAAUGGGCACGAAGUGGCUAGAGGACGCUUGGGCAUCUCGCUGACGCGGGUCACUGAUGGAGAGAAUGUGAUACUGUCAGAGUUCAAUUCCAAAGAGGAGCUGAUUCAGGCCUGUGUUUGCAGCACCUUCAUCCCUGUGUACUGUGGGUUGAUCCCACCAAGCCUGCAGGGAGUGAGGUACGUUGAUGGAGGGAUUUCGGACAACUUGCCGCAAUACGAGCUGAAGAACACCAUCACGGUGUCUCCGUUCUCAGGCGAGAGUGACAUCUGCCCCCGGGACAGCUCCACAAACAUUCACGAGCUGAGAGUCACCAACACCAGCAUCCAGUUCAACCUUCGCAACCUCUACCGCCUCUCGAAAGCCUUGUUCCCCCCAGAGCCUCAGGUGCUCCGGGACAUGUGCAAGCAGGGCUACCGGGAUGCGCUGCACUUCCUGAAGAAGAAUGGUCUCCUUCACCGCCCACGGCCCUCGCGCCCUCUCCUUGCCGUUGAGAACUCUUCAGGGGAGAGGGAGGAGGAGGAGGAGAUGGGAGCUGAAGACCAGCUGAGGGAGAACGCUGCCCUGGCUGCUGUCGAAGAUCACAUCUUUGAACACCUGCCACCCAGACUGAACCAAGCCCUUUUGGAAGCUUGCACUGAGAGAAGGGGCCUAUUAGUUGGCAUCACCAACUUGUUGCCUGUGCGCUUGGCCUCUGCCAUGAUGAUCCCCUACACGCUGCCUGUGGAAUCAGCUGUCUCCUUCACUGUCAGGUUGCUGGAAUGGCUGCCGGAUGUCCCCGAGGACAUUAGGUGGAUGAAGGAACAGACGAGUAAUCUAUGCACCUAUCUCAUGAGGGAAGCCAAGAAGAAACUGGGAAGCCACCUCUCAGCCAGGCUUUACUACCAUUUUGAGCUCCGAAGGACCCAGAGCCUACCAGUCCCCUUGGCCUCUACCUACAGCGAGGCACUGCCUCAGUGGAUGCGAAGCAACCUCUCCCUGAUGGACGUUAAGACGAAGUGGGAGGAAUAUCAGCGCCAGCUCAUGCUGGGAUUGUUCUGCAUCAACGUGGACAUGCAGGCCUCCGUCUUCCCGACGGAGGGGCUGCAGAUGAGACACUCGCCGGCAGACCAUGUGCAAGAGAGUCUGCCACUCUUCUGA